GGAAGUGUGACAUCACGAGGUGGUUCUUAGUUUUUUCUUAUCUUUUUGUGACAGCACUCCGUCAGACUACUCUCUGUUUAUCUUAGAUAAUAAUGGAUGGUCCUGAUAAUCUUCUUGAGACGCAAGCUGGUCGGUCUGCUCUUAGAGUAACAACCACUGCUUACACCAAAUGGAUCAAUGCUCACUUCAAAGCAGCUGGAGAGGAAGAGCUAACUGAUCUGUUCAAUGAUCUUCGUGAUGGCUCGAAACUAAUGACCCUCAUUGAGAUACUGACUGGAACAAAACUAGUUAGAGAGAAAGGGAAGACAAGGAAUCAUCACAUGAUCAACAUAACAACAGUAAUCGACUUUCUACAAUCUAAAGAGAAAAUUGAUCUGGUUGGUAUUACUAGUAGUGGUAUUGCUGAUGGAAAUCAAACCUUAACCCUUGGUCUUAUAUGGAAGCUGAUUCUACGAUAUCAGGUAGCAAGUGCUACUACUUCUAAUGCUGGGAGUGGUACUACUGGCCAAUUCAAGUCUCCAAAAGCUGAGCUAUUACACUGGACACAAACACAGAUCAAUGGGUACGAUGGUGUGAAUGUUACCAAUUUCCACACGAGCUGGAGAGAUGGUAUGGCAUUCUGUGCUCUCAUUCACAGCCACAACAAUCAGCUCCUCGACUAUUCUUCUUGUGAUCCGAACCAACCCAUUGAGAACCUUGGCAAAGCUUUUAGUGUAGCCGAGGAUAAGCUUGGAGUAACAAGACUGCUAGAACCAGAAGAUGUUAAUGUUCCUAAGCCAUCGGAGGAAGCAGUGCUGAUGUAUGUAUCACAGUUGAGGUCAUCAUUUGCUGAACCACAAAAACCAGAACCAAUACAAGAACCAGAGCCAAUACAAGAGCCAGUAUCAGUGAUAGAGCAAUCUCCAGUAGUUGAAGCACCACCACCACCAGUGAAGGAACCUACUCCUCCAUUGCCAUCAUCUCAGAAAGAGGAUACUCCUCCUCCAACUACUCCUUUACUGGAUGAGUAUAAUAAUCAAUAUGCAUCAUUAAAUGAGAGGAUUUCAGCACGUAGACAGCUCAUAGUAUCAGCUACUAAAAGAGGAGCGCCAAUAAGAGGAGAGGUCCAGAUAUUGCUGCAUGAGUUUAGAGGAGUAAGAGCUAACGAAGACAAAGAAUUGAUAAAGGAAGUUGAGGCUUUAGGUAAAAUGGCCACUCAGUUAAGGAAAUCUGGCUUGACCUCUUUUUCACCAGUUGAAGAUAUUGAAGAGUUGUGGUUGGCUGCUAUGAAUGAAAGUAAUGAAUAUGAGGGCUGGCUACUGGCAAAACUUGAAGAACCAGUCAAACCGGUUAUACCCAAUGAUGUCAAUAUUCCUUACCGACUCCCAGAAGUUGAUGGUGCUCUGAUCGUGCAGACAUUUUCUUUAUUGAUAAUUAUUGGAAUAUACUUAUGGAAGAAGUCAAGGGAAUGAACAGCAGUUUUUGUGUUAGUAUAGUUUUUUAUUUCACUGAUUUUAUUAUAGCAUUAAAGUUUAAAGCAAAAUUAAUGUAAUGUAAUUCAUUAACAUGAAAACAUAUUAAUAAUGUAAUUUAAAAGCAAAUCAUGCAAUGCAAUGUUA